AUGAUCUUCUCGAGGUUAGCAGUGCUCCUAGUGGGUGUUGCAGUGUCAGUACAGGGCCAUGCAAUUGAGAUCGAGUCGAGAGCCUCUGGCAAAUUUCGCCCCAACCCUACCAACGGCCACUGGGUCGAUGCGUGGGCAUCGAUGCCUCAGCUCACAGAGCCAGCAAAUUUGCCGCCUGCUCCAUUCAAUCAAACAGGCGCUGUCUUUGUCAACUCUACGAUCCGACAAACUUUGUACAUGACCACCUCAGCCCACCAAAUUCGCCUCAAAUUCUCCAACGUCUUUGGCGGUUCGAACCUUCCCAUCACCGCCGUCACGGUUGCCCUCCCUGUGAACCAAACCGCCGGUAUCUACCAAGUCCAACCCCAAACUGUUCAAAAGGUUACCUUUGGAGGAAAAGAUGGCAUCAGUGUACCGAACGGUGCCCUCGCAGUGUCCGACCCGAUAAAUUUUAAGAUCAAGGCACAGCAGAUCGUUACCGUAACCAUGUACCUUGCAAGCGGACAGACGACAAACAGCAUCACCAGCCAUCCUGGCUCCAGAACCACAAGUUGGUGGCAAUUCGGCAACGCAGUCUCCUCAGCUAGUCUCGACAUCAGCAACUCUACCACACAGUCCGCAGCACAUUGGUACUUUCUUUCCUCCAUCGAAGCCUGGGUUGAACCGCGUGUUGGCUCCCUGCUCAUUGUUGGCGACUCUAUCACUGACGGCCGUGGAUCCACAACCAAUCAAAACAACAGAUGGCCCGACCUGCUCCUUGCGCGCCUUCAAAAGAACCCCUUAACCAAGUACAUUUCCGCGGGUAACCUGGCUGCAGGUGGAAACCGUAUCUUAGCAGACGGUCUCGGCCCCAAUGCGUUCGGCCGUAUUGAUCGCGACGUCCUGGCGCAUCCUGGUGUAAAGUAUGCCAUGAUCUUCGAGGGUGUAAAUGAUAUCGGAAGUGCACCUACAACACCCGAAGCGCAAGAGCAGAUUUAUCAAGGACUGAUUCAGGCGUACGAGCAGAUGGUCACCCUUAUUCACGCCCACGGCAUCCCUGUUUUCGGCGCUACUAUCACACCUUUCUCUGCACCAGCCAAUUUCACUCAACAACCUUACUCUGAUCCUGAGCGCGAGAAGACACGUCAGCGGGUCAAUACUUUCAUCCGCACCUCCGGUGUUUUUGAUGCUGUCGUUGACUUUGAUAAGUUCCUGGCCGAUCCCACAAUACCGAGUCAACUCAACCCAUUGUAUGAUUCUGGAGAUUAUCUUCAUCCUAAUCCUGCCGGAUACCAGUACAUUGCGGAUAAAUUCCCCAUUCAAAUUUUUGGCAUGUGGGCGAAUGGUGCGGAUGAGUUCAGUUGGGGCAUGUAA